AUGGUAGCAAUCCUAAUUUUGAGUUUAGCCCUGUUCUCAGGUGCUGCAUCAGCGUUUCAUUUGGAAGAUAAGCAGUCAGGUCUGACCAUCUAUCGGUAUCCCACGAUAGUGCAAGUUCAGUUCUACACCCCGGGGAGUUCUCUGGACUGGACUCACAACUGCGCUGCUUCGAUCCUGAACCAGCUGUACGUGCUGUCCGCCGCGAGCUGCUUCUCUGGACCAAACUACCCAGGCCCAGAACAUCGUCGCAUCCGGGCUGGAGUCAACUAUAGCUCAAUGGGCGGAGGACAGACGGUCUACGUAAGCAGAGCGAUCAACUACGAAGACCGCAACAGCACUGGCGCUGCGGUCGUCCACGACAUAUCUGUCGUGAGGCUGACGAGUCGUUUGGUCUAUACCGACCUCGUGAGGCAGGCGUCCUUCUUACGUCAAGGCUCUGUCGUCCCGAUCGGCAUAGCGUUCCACCAAGUGGGCUGGGGACGUCUGUGUCCCCUUGGGGCAGCUCUGCCUGGGGGAACACUGACGUGGGAGGACCUUGGAUCUGGGAAGACAUCACCAUCGGAAUCAGACCGGCUUUCGAUAUGCUUUUAA